CUCUUCCUGGGCCGGUGCCUCUGAGUGUCUUCGGCAUGGCGCUGCACAUGGUUCUUGUCGUUUUGAGCCUCCUGCCCUUGUUGGAAGCUCAGAACCCAGAACCUGCCAACAUCACCCUAGGCAUACCUAUUACCAAUGAGACCCUGAAAUGGCUCUCAGACAAAUGGUUUUACAUGGGAGCAGCUUUCCGAGACCCCGUGUUCAAGCAGGCAGUUCAAACGAUACAGACGGAAUAUUUUUACCUUACCCCCAACUUGAUAAACGACACAAUUGAACUUCGGGAGUUUCAGACCACAGACGACCAGUGUGUCUAUAACUUCACCCAUCUAGGAGUCCAGAGAGAGAAUGGGACCUUAUCCAAGUGUGCAGGAGCAGUGAAAAUCUUUGCCCAUUUGAUAGUGCUGAAGAAACAUGGGACCUUCAUGCUUGCCUUUAACCUGACAGAUGAGAACCGGGGGCUGUCCUUCUAUGCUAAAAAGCCAGACUUGUCCCCAGAGCUGCGGAAAAUAUUCCAGCAGGCUGUCAAAGAUGUGGGCAUGGAUGAAUCAGAAAUCGUAUUUGUCGACUGGACAAAGGAUAAGUGCAGUGAGCAGCAGAAGCAGCAGCUGGAGCUGGAGAAGGAGACUAAGAAGGAGACCAAGAAGGAUCCUUAGGCCAGGCAUGAACUCAGCUCUCUGAACUCCGGGGACUGUCCCCAUGCCCACUCUACCCCCACUCCUGUGCACCUCGAUUCUAUUUUCCACAAUAAUAAAGGUUUGGUUAAACAAUC